UUAAUUUGGCAAGUUUGGCUCUGGUUUCUGGCGUCAUCUGUGGGCGUCAUAGCUGUGGUUCAUAAGCCGACUCGGUAUAAUUCGCCCUCUUUGUAGCAUCUUAACAUUUUUCACAGAUAAUAACUAUCGAAACUCGUAGUAUGCCAUUUUUAACUGGUGUUUGUACAUUACUGACAACUAUAAAAGAAGCAGUUUGGAAGCGUUGAUCCAGCAAUUUCAGUUUGGAAUAUCAGCGUGUUUUUGAAAUUGUUUGCAUUUUGUAUUGCGGUAUCAAUAUAUGAAAUCGUUCCCGGGUUUAUAGAGAAGACUGAUUAUAACCUAAACACUGACACUGGCAACGAGUGUAACAAUCCUUAAGAAUGGAUAUCCGACCAAAUAAUACAAUAUAUAUCAACAAUUUAAAUGAGAAAAUAAAAAAAGAAGAAUUAAAGAAGUCACUUUAUGCAAUAUUUUCUCAGUUUGGACAAAUCUUGGAUAUUGUUGCUUUAAAGACAUUGAAAAUGAGAGGACAAGCCUUCGUUAUCUUCAAAGAAAUUCAAAGUUCGACAAAUGCUCUACGAUCAAUGCAGGGUUUUCCAUUUUAUGAUAAACCAAUGCGAAUUCAAUAUGCCAAAACUGAUUCUGACAUUAUUUCGAAAAUGAAAGGUACUUUCCAGGAAAGACCAAAGAAGAUACGCCCUCCACCAUCUAAAGAGGAUGAAGCGCCUAAGAAAAAGAAAAAAAAUAAAGACCCUAACAGAAUACCAGGAGGCAGUAAUGCUGAGCAACCACCAAAUCAAAUUCUCUUCCUUACCAAUCUGCCAGAUGAGACAAGUGAAAUGAUGUUGUCCAUGUUAUUUAAUCAAUUUCCUGGAUUUAAAGAAGUACGUUUGGUACCAAAUAGGCAUGAUAUUGCCUUUGUUGAAUUUGAAAAUGAGUUGCAGUCUGGAGCUGCAAAAGAUGCUUUACAGGGUUUUAAAAUUACACCAACCCAUGCUAUGAAAAUUUCGUUUGCUAAAAAAUAAUUGAGACAAAUAAAUCAAUAACAAUUUAA